CCCUCAAUUAGAACUUACAACUUGCAAAACCGGUUGAACAAUAAAACUCAUUUUGACAACCUUCCUCAGUUUCUCUUGCUAGAAUUUGAUUUAUUCAUCACUUUUUCCAGUUUUCAAUUCAGCACUGCACAGCAGGAAGAGAGGCUCUUCCCCUUCGCAUUUCCGUUGAUCUUCAUCGCUCGCCGAAAAAAAGUAGGGUUUCACUUUGUCUCCAUUUUCCUUACCUGGGUAGCUGACCGAGUAGCGCAGGUGGAUUUUCUAGUGACUUCAUUUCCGCUUUUUCCUCGCCUUCUGCAGUUCACUGUGUCUAGCUUCUAGGGUUUGGUAUGCUUAAUCUCACGGUGCCUUCGUCUCCUCUCGCACCCAUUCGUGAAUUUUCCUAGCUCUGUCUUUCCUCCCCAUAGUGUUGUUCCCCGCAUAUACAAAGGCGCUUUGGGGUGCUUCUUGUUAACGAUGAUAACUUCUGUAUGAAAUUUGAACUUGAUUACUCUGUGUUUAUGUUCAGGGGACUCUGUUCUCCGUUCCAUUUUCCCCUUCUUAUCUUGGUUACUCAAGUUUGCUGUGGUUUCUCAUCAUCUAUUGCCUGUGAGCACUGCUGAUGUAGGUUUAUUGGGCAUAUAAUUCCAAAAUGGUAUUUCGAUUCAGCAAUUCACUAAAAGGGUCUUGGGGUUCUUUCCCCCCCUUUGCAGGUCCUGCUGCUGCAAACCCAUUUUACUGGAGACCCUGAUUUUGACAGCUUUCUGAAUUGGUGUUGAACAUCAAGGAGUUGAUAGUUGGUGGAGGAAUGUUACUUUUGGCCUUAUUUAGUACAUGGUAUAUGAGGUGGUUCAGUUUUGCUGCAGAAUUAUGAUGAGUGAUCUACGCUGAAGUCUGUUGGGGCCUAAAGGAAGUGGAAUUGUUUCUCUUGCUCGUGGUGUCCUGAAAAUAGCUAAAACGGGUUCCCUUUGUUGUGUGGCCGCGAGGCCGCAUGGGUCAAGUGAAGCCAGUGGAGACUGGUCCACUGAUCCAGACGAACCUUAUUGGCAGACUAAUUCAAGCUUCUCCCCGCCUCCUUUGGGAUGGGAUUUUAGAUUUUCAUCUGAAGACCUGCCCUAUGAAUCCAAUGCUCGCAACCAAAUUUAUAGGUCCUCAACAUCCUCGACAGUCAAAGAGGCUAGAUUGAUUAGGGCCAAUCCCUUUUACAGUCAUCAAUAUGAUGGUGCAGGGCCUUUGGUCAGUAGUCCUGAACAUUCUCAUGGUCCACAGUGGGCACAGCCAGUGGUACAAGAACUUAGUUUUGAUGACUAUGAAGCUGCUACAAGGAGAGGUAACAAGCUACAGUUUUCCUACAUAUGUUUUUUUGUGUUCAUCUCUGGACCUUAGUGGACACUGUAUUGAAUCUGUAGUGCAUAGUCAUAUUAGGAAGUAAUAUAUGUAAAAACACUAGAGAUGAGAAGCAACCAAGUAAAAUGAUGUCCAUCAUCAUGUUUUGGACCUGUUGAUGCCAACAUUGUCUUAAAAAUCAUGGUGAGGUUUUAAUAUAAGAACUAAGAUGGAUAGUUAUGGUUUUUAGUUAGCUAGUUUUGUUUAGAACCUGGUCCUGCAGAAAAUAGAGCCACAUUUUGGCUCUCUUUAACCUGUUUGGUCCUAGCCUCCGAGCUUGUAGACACUGGAGUUUAUGUCUCAACAAACAGGAAAUGAGUUCUGCAUUGUAACUUGGAUGACCAAAGCUCUCACCCUUCUUGCUUAAUUUUUAUUUUCCUCCCUAAGUUCCUGCUUGAAUCUGGCCCUUUGCUUAAUGAAUUAAAUGUUUGUAUCUGGAUGUGGCUCACUGGUUCAGACUGCUUUUGUAGAUUUACUGCUGGCAGUCAUGUACUAUUUAAUGUUCCAAAAGAAGGGGGGAAAACCCCAUGUAUACUAGAACAUCAAUAUAAUCUAUAUGAGCAGAUGUCUGUUUUUUCUGUUAUUGAUCCUCCUCUUAUAGUUUCUUCUUCCUCUUUGUGCCUUAUAGCUGAAGUUCUUGGGAAAUUCCCCUCCACGCCAACUAUUGAGGGAACUUCAGCAAACCGAGGGAGGCUCUCUUCAUCAAAUUCAGACGUCAGCGACUUUGAAACUUCCUUCAAGUCAUGCCUAUCUUCACAUUGCAAUUUCUCUAGCCGCCGGUCCUUUUUGUCAAAACCUAUUCAUCCUUUGUCCUUCCCCUUCCAUUCCCCCGGAGAUGCUUCAACCAGUCAAAAAGAUGCAUAUAGCCGGAGAAGCAGUGCUAGCAGCAGUAGCACUGAUUUUGCAGACGUUUGUGAAACACUCGAGUCAGCCAAUCCAGGUCGUUCAUCAUCUACUUCCUCAGAUGGUUUCAAAUGUGGGUUGUGUGAAAGGCUCCUUUCACACAGAUCUCCUUACAGCUCUCGCAGAAUUGUGCGAAGUGGAGACAUGCCUGUCGCUGGGAUUCUCUCAUGCCGCCAUUUCUUUCAUGCUGAAUGCUUGGACCAGAUAACGCCCAAGUUGCAUAAAAGCGACCCGCCAUGCCCCAUCUGUUCCAGAUUUGAGGAGGGAGAUUCUCCUGAUCACAAGAUCUUUGCUAGGUUGAGGAACAGCUUCCCAAAGUUUAGGAGGCAAUUGCUCGAGGAAGGAGCUCUGCAGGUACCACCGCGGAAUACCAUGUUGAUGCUAAACCGUCGUCGUUUGAGUUCUGUUAAAGGAAACUCGGUGAAAGCAUUCCCAGGAAAGCUCAGGAAUGGUGGGCUAUACUCUUCACAGCUAUCGGGCUCUCAUUCCGCUGAUGUAGGAGCUGUUGGAUGCUCAAAGGCGGCUACCGGAAGCCUCUAAGCAUUUAGAGUUGCUGCUAGUCCUUUAGCCUGUGCUUGAAGCCUGCCAAUUGGCUAGUUUUAAAACAGAAAUUGUAGAUUUGUUGGUAAGUGAGAACAAAAUUUGAAAUUAUUGGGUGUUCUUGUACAGAGAUUCUCUGCCUUUUUAUUUCUGAAUUCAGGAGUGGUAACCUGCGAAAUACGUUUGUAGCAGUUGUUUUAUUGCUUGAUGAACUUGGGCAGUUAAAAUUAUUCUCUUAGCAGAGUUCAUAAACAUGGGAGAAGUGGCGGUCUAGUACUUAUUACUGAAAGUGAUACAUUACGCAUUAACGGGCUGUCAUCAUUACUCAUUCCAUUCAAGACUAUCACCAAGACCUGGAGAGUUUGGCCGCCAGACUUCUGUGGAAGCCAUGAAUUCACAAUAUGCCGCAGCUAAUCAGAGUCACUUUCAAGCUCAAUACACACUGCUUCCUUACCAUGAUUUAUCAGUAAGACGAGUGUCUUAGGCCCUAAGGCCCACAACGUCAAUUCACCACAUUGAUCAAAUCCUCAGUUUAGUUAUCAAGAAUGUCAACAACAAGAGUUUCUUACAUCACAUGGGAAUCCACCAUUUAAAGGCCAAUGGAAUCAAGAAGCCAAGUUGCAAUGAAACACUGAUUUUGUC